AUGCAGCUUCGUCAAAAUCUAGUGGUGUCCCACCCUCCACCUUACGCGUCCUACCUGAGCCCACAGGAAGAAAUAGUCCUCGCGAAACGGUUGUUGCGAUUGUCCAAGAAUGGUGUCCCGGCUCCAAUCAAGUUUCUGCGCCCUCUCUCGCAUGGGAAAUCGUUCGUCGGUGCUUAUCGACCUCUGCAAGACCUGCCCCUUGAUGACACUCCGCCUUCCGGUAUCUAUGGUACGGUUGAGGAGUGGCUUGCGGUUAUCAAAUCGGAACUGGAUAACCUAACCAUCCCCGCUGAGAAUGUCUACAACAUGGAUGAGAUAGGCGUUCUCCUAAGCGCUCUCACCUCUCUCAAAGUGCUAGUGGGCAAAGAUGAACUUAGUAAACAUCGAGAAACAGCCGUAAAGCGUACGGUAAUCACCGCACUGGAAUGCAUCUCUGCCCGGUUGGUCUCUUGA